CGGCUCUAACCUUCAAAAAAAUCAGUCAGUAGCUGUCAGUAGGAGUAGUAGGACGUAGGUAUUCAGUUAAUUCAAGUAAAAAUUACUACCGAAAAACCGUUGGCCUGGCGCUGGCCUGUUUCUAUAUACAUUUUGAGAUCAACACUUAAGUAAAAGUCAACAAACUUGAAGACAGAAUGUCGUUUCUCUCUGCCGAAAACGAUGGUAGCAGUGGCUCAUCCGUUGACGAAGACGAAGAGGGAGAAAAACAAGAGCUCGCUGCUGGCAGAGAUCCAACCAAGGACCAAGGGCAAAGCUGCCUAGAUUCGUCAGAAUCGUCAGAUGAUGUGUGUUUCGGAGAGUAUACAAUGGAGGAAGCCAAGAGGGACGUGAGAAGAAAUUGGGCGAGACCGAUUACCAGAAGACAUUCAUGUUUUUCCAGAUUCAAGUAUCUUGAUGUUAGAAAAAAAAUGGAUGAAGUAAUCAACCAGUCCGGAGAUUUAUUCAGCAACCCUUCCGAAGUUACUUUGAAAGAAUGCCUUGAACUUGGAAACGUUAGUGACGAACCGCUGUCAGGACAUACAUCCUAUAAUCCCAACCAAGAACCUCUCAAUAAACUUGAAAUGUCACUUUUCUCUGCCGACAACGAUGUUAGUAGUGGCUCAUCCGUUACCAAAGAAGAAGAAAAACAAGAGCUGGCUGCUGGCCGAGAUCCAACCAAGGACCAAAGCUGCCUAGAUUCGUCAGAAUCGUCAGAUGAUGUGUGUUUCGGAGAGUAUACAAUGGAGGAAGCCAAGAGGGACGUGAGAAGAAAUUGGGCGAGACCGAUUACCAGAAGACAUUCAUGUUUUGCCAGAUUUAAGUAUGUUGAUGUGAAAAAAGAAAUGGAUGAAGUAACCAACCAGCAAGAACCUUGUUCAGAUGAUAGUAUUGUCAGUAAGACGGAUGAUAGCAUGACAACUUCUUAAGUCUAGUCAAAUCCAUGUUUUCAGCAAUAUAGUUAUCUAUGUAGAAGCUUUACUUAUUUUUGUGAUUGAUUAGUGAUAAUACAGGGUGUCCUUAGAUAAACUGACACAUUUUGCAGGUAAAUAUCUUGAAAACGAGAAAAGAUAACAGGAUGCGGUUUGUUUUGGAAGAAUAGGGAUCUUUUAAAGUUUUUUUCAUGGUAUUGACGAAUCCUGAAAUUUGAUUUUACAGACAUUCGAUUUUUUGAAAUAAUAAAUCAAAUCAUUUAUUUCGUGCCAUUUACACUUACGUGUUUACACAUGUCAAAAAAUAGUAGUACAUUUUAUUUUUUUUUAAAUUUACAAUUAAUACUUUCUUAAAUAUUAUAUCAAUUUAUUAAUAUUUUCUUAAAUAUUAUAUUAUUCACACAAUUUAAAAUACAUUCAAACACUUUUAAAUAAACUAGAAAUCAAAACACUUUAAAAUAUACAAUAAAAUACAUCAGACAUAAUACAGACAUUAGGUUAAGACGGCAUUAAAAAAAAAAUGUUGGAGCACCUAAUUCUAUUUAUCACAGUGAUAGCAAUUUAUUUCCUACCCAAACGAGUGUGGAGUUGCUGAAUUCUUCUAUUGAAUAAAAUGCACAUUCAAUUAGCAAGUCUUUAACUUUCCUCUUAAAUUUGAUUCUGCUAAGAUUUUUUAGGGGUUCUGGAAUUUUAUCGAAGAAAUUUCUAGAAUGAUAUCCAGGGCCAUUUUGACACCUAUGUAAAUGAUGGUAAAUAGGUUGUAGGUUAUUUUUAUUUCUUGUGUCAUAAUCAUGAACAUCACUAUGCCAGAUAAAUCUGUCAUGACUGUCCCUGACAUACAUUAAGUUCUGUAAGAUAUAUUCACCUGGGAGAUUCAAAACUUUGAGGUCAACAAAAGCUUGUUUACAAUCAUCUCUGUAUUUCAAUCCUGCUAUUAUUCUUAUGGCUCGCCUUUGCAAAGGCAAAGACUCUGCGGGAACCGCUUGGGUGGCCCCAAACUAAUAGUGCAUAACUUAAAUGUGAAUGGAAGAUAGAAAAAUAAGCUUGUUUUAGAAUUUCAGGAGAAACACACAAUGACAAAUUUCUCAGAACAAAUGCAUUUUUGCUUAGUUUAUUGUAUGUCAUUUCGGUAUGGGCAUCCCACAGUAAAGCUGGAUUUAUAGUGUCAGUAUCAGUAACAGUAACAGUAAAACUUAAAACUUAAGAACAGAUAUGAAAAUAACCAUUUCUUAAGUUUUACUGUUAAGUUUGUUAAGUGAAUUAUAAAUGGCUUUACGGUAGGCCGUGUUUUAAUAUUUUACUGUUACUGCUACUGUUACUGAUACUGACACUAUAAAUCCAGCUUAAUUUCUGAUCUAGUGAAACUCCGAGAAACUUGACACUGCCAGUCACUGCCUCAGUUCUUUUCAAUGAAAAAACGAAGUUUUGUGUCUUUCCUAGCUCUCGAAAUUACAUACUGUCUUAUUCUUAAUGAAACACCUAGAAUAUUUUGUCAUCCUCAGAAAGUGCGACUUUUCUACUUUACAAACAUGUAUAAUUUUUUUUUCAAUUACAUAUCUUGAAAUUGAAUCAUAAAAACUGCACUUUGUUGAAGAGUGUACCAUUGACUGACCAAAAAAAAUGAUAAUAAUUAAUUUAUGUUUUAUAUGCACCUGCAUUAUUAAUUAAUUUGUGUUUAAUACUUGUAUUAUUAGUUAGCUAUGCGCUAAUUAGUUAAUAAAAGUAUUAAACACAAAUUAAUUCUCAUUUUUUUUUUAUUUUGGUUAUUCGAUGGUAUUCUCUUCGACAAAGUACAAUUUUCACGAUGAAAGUUCAAGAUAAUUCUCAAGAUAAUUUAAAAAAAUUAUACAUUUUUGUAAAGCAGAAAAAUCAGGUUUGCUGACGACGACAAAAUAUACAGGGUGUUUCAUUGAAAAUAAGAAAUUUCAUUUCAAAAAAUCGUAUGUAUUUAAAACUAAAUUUCAGCAUAUUUUAGGAUUCAGCAAUAAUGUGAAAAGAAACUUUAAAAAAUCCCUAUUCUCCCAGAAUAAACUGCAUCUCGUUAUCUAUUCCCGUUUUGGAGAUAUUUACCUGCAAAAUGUGUCAGUUUAACUAAGGACACCCUGCAUAUCUGUGACACACAACACUUAUUGUGAUAUUAAGUUCCUAAGUUAAGAAUAAGUGUUAGUACCUAAGUAUUAGAAUUGACUUAAUUUUUUUACGUGCCUUCACAUACAGUGUGCGCCAUAAAGUUGGGUACAUAUGGGAAAAUUCUUAAUAAAGCUAUUUUUGGAAUGAAAUUAAUAUUUUCGAUUUUCCAUUUAAUGGUAUGGGUAAAAUAGGUAGUUUUAUUUUAUUUCUCUGAUUUGCUUUCAAAAUCGGCAUAUGGAGUUCUUUUUGGAUUCUGAACAACUUUUUCUUAUAAAUUUUUUUGAGAUCUUGCAUAAUCGAUUUUUUGGUUAUCGAACAUGCCCUAACGAUACCCAAAAAAAGUUUUUUGAAAAAAGGGAUAAUUAAGAAUUUUUCCAUAUGUACCCAACUUUAUGGUGCACACUGUAUAAUGUUUAAUGUUCUAACGAAUGUUUGAUUAAUAUAA